AUGUCAAUUGUGUUAUCUCUUUUGGAGAACAAGUUCUGUGAAUAGUCUCUCUGUCACCUCUUUCUUGUCAAAAACAAAAAAACCAGAGUCACAGAGCAAAACCCUCGUCGAUUACACCACCGUUCGGAAAAUGGAGGCUGUGGGUUCAAGGCUAAGCCGUGCCUCUUCUCGCUACGGUGCCCCCACCGUGUUCAGUGGCCCCGUCAGAAAGUGGAAGAAGAAAUGGGUCCACGUUACACCCUCUUCCCUCCACACCAACACUCACUCUCACUCUCACAACAACAACGCCACCAACAACGCUUCCUCUCACCUCCUUCUCCGCCGAUGGACCCCCAUCACCGCCCCUACCGCUGCCGAUGAUGCCUCCGGUGACGUCUCCGAUGAGCCACCCAGAAGGAAGUUCCGUUACACCCCUAUAGCUGUGCUUGAAGAUAAAAAAAAGACGGUUGUUGAAAAGGUUGAACAUGAAUCCACGCCUGAGGGUGACCAAUUGGCUGCUAGACAGACAAACUUGACUCAUGAGAUGCAUGGGAAAUUAAACAUGAAUGGAAGUGCGGAUGAUGCCAAGGAUCAGAACACCAGUAAGUUGGAUCUUGAUUUGGGCUUACAAGGCAACGAUGUUGAAAGCAACCAGAGCAGUGAUGAUCAAUUGGAGAAAAAACAUCCUGUGGGUGCUCCAUGAGCUGAGACUACCUGGAAGUAGAAAAUCAAGCUUUGUGGAAGCAUAAUGUUAAUUCAAGAAAUACUGAGCCAGUAUAUAUCACUUGUUACCAUCCUAUUUUGACAUAUAAAGUAGUUAGCCAGAAUCGUAUGUAUAUAGACAGCACUUAACUAAUGGUACUAGUAGUAUUCAUGAAUAAUAUGUAACUAGUUUUGUUCAGCUUAGGAUGAUCAGUUGUAAUAUAUGAUGGAUCAUAUGCAUGAUAUGAGGCUACUUAGUGGUUGUAGUAUAUAGAAAUAUAAAAUCUCAAAUAUUC